AUGACCAUGUUCGUUCCCAUGAAGUUGAACCCCGGCAUUGCCGCCGCAUCUUUCUCCAUCUGCAUCGGCAACCAUAUCGAAGAACCAGGUGAAGAUGGUGGAUUCCUCCGGUCCGGAACUGGGGGCAAAUGUCAUGAGAUCAGGGCACGGCCUACUAGUGGCCCGACCCUCGGCAUUUCUGAGCGAAUCCCACCGACUAGCCAAGACACAGGACCAGAAGAGGAAGAGCCUUGGGUUGUGCGGUUUGUGGAGCCCCAGGAGUAG